AUGUCAUGGAAGCAUAUGGAUUUGUCAAAAUAUAUGAUAGCUGGUGCAGCAUUCGGUGGACCAAUAGGAUUGAAUGAACCACCUCAUAAUUGGACAUUAAUCCCACCUCAGUAUACACUCAGCAGUCAUGUAGAAGUACUUAUAGCUACUAGUUCUACGAUCUUAACUGUUGAUUUUCUUCAGCAACUUCUCUUAAUGGUCGGUCCAUAUGGUGAUUGGAUUAGAUACCCUUAUGAUGAUGCUGUAUUUUUAAUCCCCGAGAUAGAUGGUGUUCGCAUAAUUAGUAGUGACAAAUGCGAAUUUUUACAGAAAGUUCCAAAUGUUACCGAGGAAACUUUCAAAAUAGGUUCCACUGCUCCAGCAGCAAUGUUAUUCGACGCUUUAGAACAUUUUGACAAACGAAGUCCAAAAGCAGAUGAAAACAUACGAAGCAUUCGUCCUGAACUUAGUGAAGCCGUUGAUGCUUGUAUCGAGGCUGCAGGUCACGAGUUUAACCAAGUUCGGCAACGAAGUUUGCUCAAAGCGGCAGCGGUUGGGAAAACGUUUCUCGAACCGUAUAAUUCUGAUCGUUUCGUAGAGAUGUGCCAAAUAUUGAGGGUUCUAAAUUCUAUUAAAAAACCUACAGAUGACGAGGAAACUAUUUGUCGAAUGAUUGUAGAAAAACUAGCAAACAAACCCAGCCUUUCUUAUGCUGAAAUUGCAAAAACUCCACACAACGUUGGGCAACCAAAAUUAGCAACAAGACUACUCGAUUAUGAACCACGUGCGGCUGAUCAGGUGCCUCUUCUUAUAAGCAUGCAAAAAGAUGAGUUAGCGUUAAUAAAAGCGAUUGAAAGCGGUGAUACUGAUUUAGUAAUGCUUCAUCUCAAAAGAAAGCUUCCACUUCCUGAAUUUUUCAGGAUCAUCAAUAAUAAACCUAUGGCUUGUAGUCUAUUAGAAGUAUAUUGCAAACAGCAAGAUUUGAAACUUUUAAAUGAUUUUUAUUAUCAGGAUUCUUUUGAAGCGAAGGCUAUUGAUGAAAACAUUAAAUUAUUACAAUCACAAGCUCAAUUAGAAAAAGACAUGAACCAAAAAUUUGUCGGGUUACCUUUGAAUGAGACG